UUAGAGUUUCUACUCAGCAUCAAACCUAAGCAAACACAAAUAAAGAUGACUUCCAUAAACGUGGACAAAUAUAAACUGUCUGAAAAAACCGCCAGGCUCACAGCGAAAGACAUCAUACCCAUGAUACAAUCAUCCGACUCCGCGGAAACACGAGAGUUUCUGCAGAAAGUGUCGGAACUGUUGAUCGACUACGUAAAUAUUCAGAAUGAUCGGAAGGAAAAAAUUCUUGAUUUCCAUCACCCAGAGGAUAUGAAAAAGUUGCUCAAGCUAGACGUGCCAGCCGAAGCUGUUACACUGCAACAGCUGCUGAAGGAUUGUGCGAUAACGCUCAAGUAUCAGGUGAAAACGGGUCAUCCCCACUUCUUCAAUCAGCUCUCCUGUGGAUUGGAUGUUGUCUCGAUGGCAGGCGAGUGGCUUACAGCCACCGCCAACACCAACAUGUUUACUUACGAAAUCGCUCCGGUUUUCAUCCUGAUGGAAAAUGUUGUGCUGACGAAGAUGCGUGAAAUCAUCGGCUGGAAUGGCGGAGACUCGAUUCUCGCGCCCGGCGGUUCCAUUGCCAAUUUGUACGCCUUCCUUGCCGCUCGGCAUAGAAUGUUUCCUAAUUACAAGGAACAUGGAGCUCGUGCCUUGCCCGGUGAGCUGGUAAUGUUUACUUCUGACCAGUCUCAUUACUCGAUAAAAUCGUGUGCGGCUGUAUGCGGACUUGGAACGGAUAACUGUGUAAUGGUUCCAUCUGACGAACAUGGAAAAAUGAUACCAACGGAACUGGAGCGAUUGAUUCUGGAGCGGAAGGCAAGAGGGCAGAUACCAUUUUUUGUCAAUGCCACAGCAGGUACCACGGUGCUAGGUGCAUUUGAUCCCAUCAACGCUAUUGCCGACAUCAGCGAGAAGUACAACUGCUGGUUUCAUAUUGAUGCUGCAUGGGGUGGUGGCUUAUUGUUGGCCAAGAAUUACCGCCAUCCAAGGCUAUCCGGCGUUGAACGGGCCGAUUCUGUUACUUGGAAUCCACAUAAAUUGAUGGGUGCUCUACUUCAGUGCUCAACGAUACACUUUAAAGAAGACGGCCUUUUGAUUAGCUGCAAUCAAAUGUCCGCCGAGUAUUUGUUUAUGACAGACAAAUUGUACGAUAUCAGCUAUGAUACUGGUGAUAAAGUAAUCCAGUGUGGGCGGCAUAACGACAUUUUCAAGUUAUGGCUUCAAUGGCGAUCGAAGGGCACAGAAGGUUUUUCCAAACACAUGGAUCACCUGAUGGAGCUGACAGAGCAUCAGGUACGGCGAAUUAAGGAACAAUCAGACAAGUUCUAUCUUAUAAUGGAACCGGAAUGCACGAAUGUAUCCUUUUGGUACAUUCCCAGACGAUUACGCGGUGUUCCACAUGACGCUAGAAAGGAACAAGAAUUGGGAAAAAUCUGUCCAAUAAUCAAAUCACGUAUGAUGCAAACUGGUACACUAAUGGUUGGCUACCAACCGGACGAUCGGCGUCCCAACUUCUUCCGAUCAAUUAUUUCUUCGAUAGCAGUCACCGAAGCUGAUGUUGAUUUCAUGCUCAGUGAAAUUGAUCGCUUAGGUCAGGAUCUGUAA